ACGCCAUUCACAAGCGACAAGGAAGCACCUUUUUACUCUCAUGCGUGCGUUUUCUCUCCUUCUGCCUUCAGAUCUCACCAGGAGAACAGCAGACAGAAAUGGAAGAUAUUCGCUCAGAUGUGUGUGAAAUGCAGCUGAACGGAGUUUCAGAUGUGAUGGAUCUGCUUCAGAUAGACGUGGAGACUGAAGACAGACCAGAGAGAGAACAUGCAGCAUAUUCAAAGAAUGUGUUGAGGAAGCAGCGCAACUGGGAACGGCAGCUGGCAGCAAAGAAAAGCAAAAGAAAAGAAGAGAAGCAGAAGAAGAAGCUCAACCGUGAGCAGGACUCGGGUGCGAGCACAGGUAAUCCUCAGUUUACCAAACGGGUCAUGAAAGCGAUCACCAAAGAGCGUUUAGCCGAGGCUCAGUCCACAGGGCUCAAACUCUGCGUUGACCUGAGUAUGACAGACAGCAUGUCGGACAAGGAGGUGAGUCGACUGGCUGGCCAGUUGAGAAGGCUGUACGGGUCGAACAAGAAGGCGACUCGACCGUUUCACCUUUUCCUGACGGACCUGAGAGAGGACAGUCGUCUGUACAGGGAGUGCAUCCGAAUGAACGACGGCUUCCUCAACUACACGAUGGACAUAACAGAAGAAAGCUGUCUGGACCUUUUUCCUCCAGAGGCUGUUGUCUACCUCACACCGGAUGCUGAAGAAGCUUUAGAGACAGUGGAUGCUGACAAGGUGUAUGUCCUCGGUGGCCUUGUGGAUGAAAGCAUCCAGAAGAAGUUGAGCUUCACGAGAGCCAGAGAACUGAGCGUCCACACGGCGAGGCUGCCUAUAGACGAGUACAUGGUGAAGAAAAACAACACCAAGAACUUUCACUCAAAGAUCCUAGCUGUUAAUCAAGUGUUUGACAUCUUGUUGACAUUCUGCAACACUGGUAGUUGGACAGAAGCCAUGCAGGAGUGGUUCCCCCCGGGGAAGGGUUAUGUUGUUGAACCAGAUGAUUCCCCACCACUUCUUGUCUCUCCAACACAAACAUAACGCGGUUCACAUUUUCCAGUUUGUACAUCCCUGCCUCCUCUCCUCGCAACUCUGGUGGGAGGGACUAAGAUGCGAGGAGACGGGGAGGGAAGCGAGGAGAGACACAGAGGAGAGAGGAGAUGAGGCAACAGGUGGUCAACAAAAUGAGAUGUUCUUGCUUUACAGUCAACAACUGCACAGCUGCAUCAUCUGCCUAUUAUUUUUUUUUUUUUAUAGACAACAGCUGUAUUGUCUCUGUCAGAUGAGCAUAACAGUGUUCAUAAAAAAACUAUUAUAUUUUACCUUUAAUUAAACCGACAACGUGGCAUAAUGUGACAAGAAUGUAGUCUAUGGAUGUCACACAUUUUUAUUUUGAUCAUGACCACUAAAGCUGCUCUUUUACUAUUGUAUGUAAAAAAUAUUUGAUUUUCAUUGUGUUCUGUACUUUCAGGGAAUGUAUUGCGCCAAACUCCCUUGAAGAAAUAUGGCAUUUUAACAAUGCCAUACGUGUCCAUAAAAACAAGCUAAAGUGCAUCAUACGUCCACAGUCUGACUGUCAAUUCGGCAUCAAUAUUAUCCAUAAAGAUGAACUUUUUUUAAUGAUUUUGUCUCCUCAACUCGCUACAGUCUGCGUUGUCAGUGGGAGAAGACUGUGUGAACAAGAGGUUGUCCAUUUUACUUAUUAUUUAUUAUUUCUCACUAAAAUACACUGUGCUGUCUGGUGGAUUUAAUAUGUGCCGAAUUAAACACAGACUCAUAAUGCUGUUGA